UGGUCAUGGCGGGACCGAAGUGAGGGUGCCGCAUUAUCUCAAAACACCGCAGACGACGCCCAGCUUUCCCACACUGGUUAAAUCUUCCCACACCUCAUGAAAGGGCGUAUACAUUAACUACAAACUAUUCAGUGACUUCCUGUGGCCUUAAAGAGCUCAGCAGGUGUUGGGUGCAUCAUGGAGGCCCACACGUGUCUUUCCCCGGCACCCAGGAAGGUCAAGAAUAUGGAGGGCUAUGUUGAUCUGCUGGCUGAAAGGAGAGACACCAGUGACCUGCGAUGGGCAAUAAGGGAGUGGCAGUCAAGGGGAGACUAUCGCUAUGGCUGCAACAUGACCCGCAAGGAGAUUUUUGACCAUGUGAUACACUCAGACCGUGUCCGGCACACCAUUAGUAAGCUGGUGGAAGAAGGUGGUGAUGGCAAGGCACUUGAGGCUGAAGUAGAGGAUACCCUGGAGCAGAUGGGCCACACACAAGAACUUGGGAUCAUCCGUCAGUUUGCUUUUGUGUUGCCCAAGAUCAUGAAGAAAAUCUACAGAAAAGUUCUCAUCAACGAAGAUGGCAUAGAGAAGCUGCGAAAUACCCAUAUGGAAACCCCUGUGGUCUUGCUGCCAACUCAUCGCUCCUAUGCUGACUUCCUUCUGGUCUCCUACAUUGCCUACCACUACAACCUGCCACUCCCUGUUAUUGCUGCAGGCAUGGACUUCAUGAACAUGGCAGUAAUUGGAGACAAAUUGAGAGGGUCAGGUGCCUUUUACAUCCGCCGCUCCUUCAUGGACAAUCCUUUGUACUGGGCAGUCUUUCAGGAGUAUGUGCAGACUAUUGUUGAGUACACGGGUGCACCUCUUGAGUUCUUCCUGGAAGGAACGAGAAGCAGAAGUGGCAAGUCACUGCCACCAAAAAUUGGCUUGUUGGGUUGUGUGUCUGAGAUCUGGCUGAGGGGCAGACUACCAGACCUUGCCAUCAUACCCAUCAGCAUCUCUUAUGACCGCACGUUGGAGGAGAAACUUUAUGCUUAUGAGCUCCUUGGGAUCCCUAAACCACCUGAAUCAACCUCAGGCCUGUUGAAAGCCACUAGCAUCCUGAAGGAGAGUUUUGGGGACAUCUUUAUCCACGUGGGUGAGCCAGUGUCCCUGAGGAGCUACUUGGGACCACGGGUUGACAGGCAUCUGAGUGCAUCCAUUCCUGCUCAUCUGGCCUCUGUCACCAGAAGUGAGCUGUGUGCAUGUGAGGGUCUGGGUUACCACAUCCUGCGUCAGAUCCAGCAAGGUGCCGUGACAAGUGUAUGGAGUGUGGUGUGCAUACAGCUGGCCCGCUCCCUCCAUGCUGGUUGCUGGUCACUCCCUCUGGUAACCUUGGUGAAGGAGGUAGCCUGGCUUACUGGUAUACUUAGGAGGACUGGUGCUGCCAUGGUCCUUGAAGGCACUGUGGAGGAAGCUGUAGUGAGGAGCCUGAGUGUGCACAAACAGCUAGCACGUCUUGGGGAGGACAGAGUUGUGUAUAUCUCAAGAAUACACCAGGCAGGCUCACAUCCACCCACCACACAAAAGAAGCUUAAUUUGUCUACUGCCACUGUGGAAAGUGCUGUCACCCACCUCAUGCUGCAGCACUACAUCAACCAAGCCAUCCACCUCCUUAUCCGCCCUGCACUGGUGGCACUAGCUCUUCGCUCCCUCUUCAGUGAAACUAGCACCCCACACACUGAAAACUUAAAGGAGAGGUUUACAUUCCUACGAUCUCUGUUUGGGUUUGACUUCAUCUUUGAGAAGGAAGUAGAGGGCAGGGACUUCAUGGAAGGACUGUCAGUGCUGACAUGGAGUGGGGAGGUGAGUGUGGUGCAGGACCAGGUACAGAUGAUGCGGAGUAACAGCCCACUCUUCACCACUCUGCUGCAACUCCUCUCUCCCUUCAUCCUCACCUACUCCUGCACAGCCCGUACUCUGGACUCACAGGUGUGGGAGGACAAUGGCUUGCUUGUGACAGCCAUCCAGAGCCAAGUAGAGAGGUGCAUUGGCUCUUCAGGACUUUACUCAGCACUCUCCCUUGAUUCUAUUCGCCAUUCCAUUCGGGCUUUCACUAAGUUGGGUAUAGUCACCAGGACCAGUGUGGAUGGACAGGCAAGACUUGCAUCAGAUCAUCAACAAUUGAGAUCAGUUGUAAAUAUACUUGGCACUAAUCAAUACAAGCAACUGCAGGCCAGGUUAUAGCUCUGCUGAGUCCAACAUCUUACUGGUGCAUGACAAAUGAUGAGGAACAAAGGAACACACAGAGGCUCACUAUUUACCUGUUGUUUUUACAAUGUGCUCAUUGUAUGUCUUCUGUGUUGUUAAUCCAUACUUGUAUAAAGUUACUACUCAAUUGUUACAAAACUAUACUGUUUUGUCCAUUCCUCAACAUAAUGAAGCUACUGAGUUAGUGUGCUUCUAGGGGGAGUGAUUUAAGACACAUGCAAAAAAAAUCAGGUGAUUGUGUUGGGUAAUAAUUCCUUAUUUUCACCUUGAAACAACAUUAUAGCAAAAGGGAGGGAAGUGACAUGCCCUUGAGUUUCGUUGAUUCGUCUCACUGCCACCUAGUUUGACAUUAUUAUUUUGCAGUUUCUCUUAAAAAAAAUUAUAUAAAAGAAUGGACUUAGGAAUUCUUGGCUUUAAUCAGAAAACCUCAAGAUUCUUGAUUUGGUCAAUGCAAAGCAAAUGAUAUCUUAAAAUCAACCAUGAUGUCAUUUGUUUCACUUCAGCAGAGAACACCACAAUUACUGUAUUGUGCUUCAGACUGCCUGAAUGUGGAAAGCUGAGACCAUUAACAGAUUAGAAUCAGCAGUGAAAAAAAUAGUUAUUGCCUUGUAUGCUCAGCAACCUUGAAUUCCACCAAGAACUAGGGUUAGAAAAUAUCAUUCAAGAGUUAAAUUAGAAAGGUGACUUGGAUUACAGUUCUUUGUGGAAACUCAAAAGCUUGUCAAGUGCACAAUGUGGUUUCAUAGAAGUGGAUUUUCAUUCACUAUGGAAAGUGAGAGUAUCAUGAAUGUGUACUACAUUCAUUGGAAAAUUUGUCUUGAAAUAUUGCAGGUUGUAACAUGUCCUUCUAGUCAGUCAUUGUGUGAAUGUGGAUGUAUUAUGAAGACAUAACAGUGUUGUUGACACUGUCCUCUGAAACUUUUUGAAUGUUGUAAAUAACUGGGUGAAUACCAAAUUUUUUACUAUUUAACUGAGGACAUUAGUCACACAGAAACAUUGGUUGUACUCGGCAUGGUUUGGUGGACUUUUUUGGUCAGUUUGGCAGUUUGUUAUAGCACAUAAAUAACAUACAAACUACAUGCUUAUAAAUAUCUUUCCUUUGGAUGGAAUUUGCUUAAAACUAAAUAUGUUUUGUAUGAAAAUAAUACUGCCUUCUGAGUGUGGAAGAUGCUAGCAGAUAGAUUUUUCAAAAAGUUACUUUGUAUUGUCUAGAAUGUCAAGUGCCAACUGUAAAACAUAAUUAUUAAAUCAUUUUCCUUGUCA